CUCUUAGCAGCCACAUAAACAUCCAUGCAGCAUAUCAGUGAUGAGGAUCUGUUUAGGAGGGCGGUGGAGGAGGUGGAGAUGGACUGUUUCCUCAUCUUCCUCAAGGUUAUCUUCCUCUUCUUCCUGGAACAUCUCAUCCCCCUUUCCACGUGCUUCAACUUCUUCUGGAGAAAGUGGCAAAGGAGGCAAUCCGGUCUACUCCCCCGGUCACAGUGGCUCUCAAACGACCUCCCCCGUCGCCCUGCCGCGGCUUCAGAACAACAACCAAAACCCUCUCACGGGAGGAUCUAAAGCCGCCAUGUCGGACGCCGUCCAGUCGCAGGUCCACGUGGCCCCGCAGUACGAGGAGAACACCAACAAGCGUCCGGUCCUCACCUCCCAGCCCAACGGCCUGGCUCCCCUCAGCUCCAUCCGGCCGGGCCUGCCCCUCCCCGACCGCCAGACCUCCACCUCCGAGACCCCCCAUCACUGCCGGCAGGGCAGCGCCGCCUCCAACAAGUCCACCGACAGCAAGCCAAAGCCCAACCCCCUGUCCCCCGAGCAGGCCAUGAAGCAGCUCAUGUCCAAGAUGUCCUCGUUCGAGCACCAUGAGGUCUUCAGCUACCCAGACGUGUUCUUUGUCGGUCCAAACGCCAAGAAGAGGUCAGGAGUGAUGGGAGGAGCCAAUAACAGCGGCUACGACGACGAUCAGGGAUCAUACAUCCACGUUCCACACGACCACAUCUCGUACCGCUACGAAGUCCUCAAAGUGAUCGGCAAGGGCAGCUUCGGACAGGUGGUGAAGGCGUUCGACCAUAAGUCUCAGACCCACGUGGCCCUGAAGAUGGUCCGCAACGAGAAGCGUUUCCACCGGCAGGCUGCGGAGGAGAUCCGCAUCCUGGAGCACCUGAGGAAGCAGGACAAGGACUCGAGCAUGAACGUGAUCCACAUGCUGGAGAACUUCACCUUCAGGAACCACAUCUGCAUGACCUUCGAGCUGCUCAGCAUGAACCUGUACGAGCUCAUCAAGAAGAACAAGUUCCAGGGUUUCAGCCUCCCGCUGGUCAGGAAGUUCGCCCACUCCAUCCUGCAGUGUCUCGACUCGCUGCACAAGAACCGCAUCAUCCACUGCGACCUGAAGCCCGAGAACAUCUUACUGAAGCAGCAGGGACGCAGCGGCAUCAAGGUCAUAGACUUCGGCUCCAGCUGUUACGAGCAUCAGAGAGUUUACACCUACAUCCAGUCCAGGUUCUACAGAGCGCCAGAGGUCGUCCUUGGCUCCAGGUACGGGAUGCCCAUCGACAUGUGGUCUCUGGGCUGCAUCCUGGCCGAGCUGCUGACCGGUUACCCUCUGCUGCCGGGCGAGGAUGAAGCCGACCAGCUGGCCUGCAUCAUCGAGCUUCUGGGCAUGCCCAGUCAGAAGCUGCUGGACGGCUCCAAGAGAGCCAAGAACUUUGUGUCGUCUAAAGGAUACCCCAGGUACUGCACUGUCACCACGCUGCCUGACGGCACCAGCGUGCUGAACGGCGGCCGCUCGCGAAGAGGGAAAGUACGCGGCCCGCCGGGCAGCAAGGACUGGAGUGCGGCGCUGAAGGGCUGCGACGACCCGCUGUUCCUGGACUUCCUCAAACAGUGUCUGGAGUGGGACCCGGCGCUCAGGAUGACGCCCAGCCAGGCGCUCCGCCACUCGUGGCUGAGGAGGCGACUUCCCAAACCGCCAACGGGAACAACCACGGGGGAGAAGACCUCCUCCUCCUCCUCUUCCGCCAAACGGGGAACCACCACUGACGGCGCCAUCACCUCCAUCUCCAAGCUCGCCACCACCUCCUCAACCACCACCUCCACCUCCUCCAAAACCAGGACUAACUUGGCGGCGAUCACCGACGCCAACGGGAAUAUCCAACCUCGGACGGUUCUGCCCAAGCUGGUCAGCUGAGAGUGAAUGCGUCCCGCCCGCCGCGGCGGGAAACACACGCUUAGAUCACGGGCAUCCAUCAGCCGUCAGCUGGAACUGAAUUAAACUGGUCUGAUCCGGUU